AUCACAAUACAUUGCCAUUAACCCUAAUACAAACUCACGCCAAAAAAAAAAAACCAGAAACUUCUCUCUCUCUCCCCGAUCUAUUUCCUGCGGCCAUACUUCUCUUCUCUGCUCAAGCUCUCUUUCUCUCCGAUCUAUUUCCGGCAGCCACAGAGAACCUUCUCUGCUCAAGGUUGGACAUAAAUCACAACAAGACAAGAUAAGAAGAAUGGCUGAUGAUAAAUGGACCGAUGAAGAAGUUAGGUAUUUCUUUGCUCUUUAUGCUGAUGAGAAAAAGAAAGGGAACAGACCAAGGAGUGGCAUGAAUCUAGCUGGAAGAGAGUUCAUCGUAAAUAAGUUUGAAGAGAAAUUUGGUAAGAGAUGGAUAUGGGACAGGUUUAAGAACAAGGUUGAUAUUAGUAGAAAAGCAUAUGUCAAGUUCAAGAAGCUUACCCACAAUAGAACCGGGCUUGUCUAUGAUGCUUUGGGAAGGUUGGAGAUGUCGGAUGCUUGGUGGGAUCAACGCAUUGCGAUGGUUAGGUGGUACUUGGAUGAUGAUGAUGAGGAUGAUGAUUAUGAGGAAGAGCAUGAAGUUGAUGUGCUUAAGCCAGAGAGAUUGCUUCAUAGAACAGAUCGAGGUGCUGGAUGGAAUCAUGUUCAGCAGCUUAUGCACGGGUCAGAUCAACAGUGCUAUGAUAUUCUUCGCAUGAAUCAGAGGACAUUUCAAGAUCUGUGUAAGAUGUUAGCAACGAGAUAUGGGUUACAAGAGACGUUGAAUGUCUAUAUUGAAGAAGCGGUUGCAAUGUUCCUUGAAGUGGUGGGUCAAGAUAAGACAGUACGGGUUAUUGCACAAAGAUAUCAACGUUCGUUGGAUACAGUCAAAAGGAAACUUGGUGAGGUUUUGAGUUCUCUCUUGAAAUUUGCUGCAGAUACACUAAAACCAGAAGAUGGUGAGUUCACAAGAGUAUGUCCUGCUUUGAGAAAUGAUGAUCGAUACUGGCCAUUUUUUAAAGACUGUAUUGGAGCAUUGGAUGGAACUCAUAUCUCAGUCCGCCCUCCUAAACGAAAUGCAGAAGCAUACAGGGGCAGAAAACAGGAGCCAACCAUGAAUGUCCUUGCUAUAUGUAACUUUGAUAUGAAGUUCAUAUAUGCUUAUGUGGGUGUGCCGGGUAGAGCCCAUGACACAAAGGUAUUAACUUAUUGUGCGAGGAAUGAGCCUUUUUUUCCACAUCCGCCAAAUGGAAAGUAUUAUUUGGUUGAUGCUGGAUAUCCCACAAGAGCAGGGUAUCUUGGUCCGUAUCGUAGAGUUCGGUAUCAUCUCGAUCAGUUCAACAGAGGAGGACCGCCAACGAACACUCGAGAGGUGUUCAACCGGAGACAUUCAAGCUUGCGAUCAGUGAUUGAGCGGACAUUUGGAGUGUGGAAAGCAAAAUGGAGAAUUCUUGACCGUAGGCAUCCAAAAUAUGGUUUGAUCAAAUGGAUAAAACUAGUGACGGCAACGAUGGCUCUACACAACUUCAUACGUGAUUCACAUCGAGAAGAUAAUGAUUUUGUGCAUUGGCAGAGAAGAGAAGAAUAUCAUACUCAUGGUGAUAAUGAUGAAGAAGAAAGAGAUGAAGAGGAAGAUGAAGAAGAAGAAGAAGAUGGUGAUGGUCAUGGUGGACAUAUUCCAUAUGAGCCGACUGGUGAUAGAACCAUGGAAGGUUUACGUGAUCAUAUUGGUAAUGAGUUGAGUAGAGGAUAUCGAUUACCUUAUUAGUUUAUUUGAUUUGAAUUUGUACUGAUUAUUAUUAUAAGUUACUCGUAUGAUCACUUUUUUUAUUA